GAUCGUUUCACUCGGGUGAUUGUACUGACUUGCACCAGCGGUCCUCAGGUGUCAGGAUGUCGAAAACCGUCAGUGCUGAGGAGAUCGAGGAGAUCAGGGAGGGUUUCCAGAAAGUGGAUGUGGAUGGUAAUGGCUACAUCUGCGCCUCUGAACUCGGGAAUCUCUUCCAAGAGGUGGGCUGUUCUUUGCCUGGAUACCAGAUCAGAGAACUGCUUCAGAGGCUGGACCGAGACAAAGACAGUCGCAUCAGUUUUGAAGAGUUCACGGCUAUUUUCCAGGAACUGAAGGAUGACCGCAUGGCCCAGGGUUUCAGGAAAGCUCUCAACAAAAAAGAAGGCAUCGUCGCCAUCGGGGGCACCAGCGAGAUCUCCAGUGAAGGAACUCAACACUCAAUCUCUGAGCAGGAGCGCUUUGCCUUCGCCAACUAUAUCAACUCCUCUAUGGAGAAGGAUCCAGACUGUGCACAUGUUCUGCCCAUCAACCCCAGCACUGAAGCGCUGUUUAAAGCAGUGUCAGACGGCAUCCUGAUCUGUAAACUCAUCAACCUCUCGGUUCCUGACACCAUUGAUGAGAGAACCAUCAACAAAAAGAAGCUCACUCCUUUCACCACACAGGAGAAUCUGAACUUGGCCUUGAAUUCAGCGUCUGCCAUCGGCUGCCAGGUCGUCAAUAUCGGAGCUCAGGAUCUGAAGGAGGGUAAACCUCACCUGGUGCUCGGGCUCCUCUGGCAGAUUAUCAAGAUCGGACUGUUUGCUGAUAUAGAGCUGAGCCGCAAUGAAGCUAUCGCAGCCUUGCUGGAGGAAGGGGAGAGUCUGGAGGAGCUGAUGAAACUCAGUCCUGAAGAGCUGCUGCUGCGCUGGGCCAAUUUCCACCUAAAGAAAGUUGGCAUGUCCAUAUCCAACUUUUCUGGAGACAUUAAGGACUCCAAAGCGUAUUUCCACCUGCUGGAGCAGAUCGCUCCAGACGGCAGCAAAGAGGACGUUCCGCGAGUCGGGGUCGAUAUGUCGGGUGUCUUUGAGAAGGAUCUCAUGAAGAGAGCAGAGUGUAUGCUCCUACAGGCCGACCGCCUCGGCUGCCGACAGUUUGUGACGGCUACAGAUGUUGUGGUUGGCAAUGCCAAGCUCAACAUGGCCUUCGUAGCCACGCUCUUCAACAAACACCCAGCUCUCACCAAACCAGAGAACCAGGACUGGCAUCUGGAGAGUGAGACCAGAGAGGAGAAAACCUUCAGGAACUGGAUGAACUCUCUCGGAGUCAGUCCUCAUGUUCACCAUAUCUACGGUGAUCUGAUGGAUGCCAUAGUGAUCCUCCAGCUUUAUGAAAGGAUUAAGGUGCCUGUGGACUGGGACCACAGAGUCAACCACCCUCCAUUCAAAGGAAUAGGAGGAGGACAUUUAAAAAAGAUGGAAAACUGCAGCUAUGCUGUGGAGCUCGGGAAGGAAAAAGCAGGUUUCUCACUGGUGGGAAUCGGGGGACAGGACCUUUAUGAUGGGAAUGAGACUCUAACUCUGGCACUGGUCUGGCAGCUGAUGAGGAGGUACACUUUGAAUGUUCUCGAAGACCUUGGAGAUGGAGAAGUUGCAGGAGAUGACUUGAUAGUUUCAUGGGUCAAUAAGACGUUGGCUGAGGCUGGAAAGAGUUCAUCCAUCAAAAGCUUUAAGGACAAAUCAAUUGGCACCAGUCUUCCAGUUCUGGACAUCAUUGAUGCCAUCCAGCCAAACAGUGUGAACUUUGAGCUGGUGAAAACGGGAACACUGUCGGACGAAGACAAACUGGACAACGCCAAGUAUGCAGUUUCCAUGGCGAGAAAGAUUGGAGCGAAGGUCUACGCCCUGCCUGUAGACCUGGUGGAGAUCAACCCCAAGAUGGUGAUGACCAUCUUCGCCUGCCUGAUGGGAAGAGGCAUGAAGAGGGCAUAAAACACACACACACACACACACACACGCACACACAUACACACACACACACGCACACACACGCUGACCGUUAGCCCGUUUGAAUGAAUGAGACCUGAAGAGAGGGAACACCGAUAUAUAGUCUUGUUCUUUUAAGUGAUUACGCUGCAUUAGCCAAAAAGGAAGAGACACUGUAUUCCUCCGUCAUAACACAGAAAUGGACAUUUGUGUACAUUGAUACAAACAAUAGUGAUACUCUGAGGGUUCAAAGGGAAUGGGAAUUUUUCUUAAAGGAGACAUGUUAUGCUCAUUCAGUCAUCAAUCUGAUUGCAGCAUCUGUUCAGCCUCUGUGUGACACUUGGUUUUAGCUCCUCUGAUUGGUCAGCCCUUCCUCUCUGUUGUGAUUGGUCAACCAAUUCCAGCCUCUUUUAAUUGGCUCCUGUCCUUGCUUUACCUGGCUUUGUUAGGAUGGCAUGCCAGACUAACCGCCGCCUUAUACUUCCUGGGCAUCGUGAUGUCAUAUGACCCCUCAGACUCCUGACACAAAAAAAUCUAUAAAUCACACGAGAGGGAAAAUUGAAAAAGCACAACAUGUCUACUUUGAUAUCCACACACUUUGCAGUAAUGUGGUACUUCUGUAAAGUCCAAAAUGAAAAAUAUUUGGGAAUUUAGGGUCAUUAUUUCUAGAUCUUUUUCUUUUUGGGCAGCAGAGUCACAAAAUGCUUGUUGAUAUGAAUAUAAGAGUGAAUGUGUUUCUUAAAAUGUAAAAGCUGAUACAUGGGAAACAUUCAGAAACAAUGAUCAGUCAACAUCUCUCUGCCCUGUGGGAAGCUACAGUUCAAGGUAGUCAUGUGUCUGGUUUCUUCCCAAUUGGAUUCCUUCAUUUCCAUCACACUUGAGAUUUAUACAUCUGCCUUUCCCCAAACUGUCCCAUGUGCCGUUGCCUCAAUGCUCUGCUGUAUCCUCCCACGUGCCAGCUAGUUCACAGAAUGAGCAGUUAUUGUACUUAAGCCAUAAAAUUCUUUGCUGAAUACCUUUUGGCCUUUUUAUAUAUGACCGAAGCUGUGCUACAAUACAGACUUUCUACUAAAGACAACAGCAUCAUGUUUUUUUGUUUUAAUUUUAAUGUUCAUUACCUUUUCCAUUAAUACUGAAGUAAUCAUAGUAUUGAGUGAAUGAUAAGAUAGAGUAAUGGAUGUUAAAUAUUUGUACUUUCAAGCCAUUUAAAUUAUCUUAUUUAAGGGAAUUUAAUGGGGUUAAUAAAAUAUAUAUUAUUGAUCAAAUAACAUGAAACCCUUCCCUUAACUUGAAUCUCAUUAAGGUUCUUAGUUUCAUGCUAUUUGGUUAAUUUGUUAUUUUUAACCCUUAAAGGUUAUGACAGUGUAUCAUGUAAUAAUCCAAUUAAAACUCAUGAAUAUAAUAGUAUAAUAGUUAAUACAAUAGUAUACAUUAAUUGACUCCAAAUAUGGAAUGCAUAUCUAAAUUUGAAGGUACAAUUUAAGAGAAAAUCCUGUAAUUUAUUACAACAUAUUAGAGUAUCCAGAAUAUAACCGCAAAUGUGGGUUUAAAAUACCAGAAUAGAAUCCAUCACAUUGUCAUGCACUUGAAAUUACUUUAGACCCUGAACACAAACCAAACCCAACCUUCAACUCAAGGGAAUAAGUGCUCAUUGCUCCUAUUCAAAUAAAACAAAUAACUGAAUUUGUUUUGUUGGUCUAUGCAAUUUAUGUUCUUCUCAGAAUUAACACGUCAAAGCUGCUACUACUUAUAACUGAGGAAAAUAAAGAUGUCACCUCUCGUCAGUGUCCUUCCCUCUCAUUUGUGAAAAUGUUGCCUGGAGAUAAUUCCCAGGCUAUUCAUACAGGAACAUGUGAAUUAAAUGAUUCCAUUGUCACUGAUUUAAAUAUGAGUUCACUUAUAAAAGAAACAUCCAAAGACGGAUUUUUUUGUCCGGUUUAAAUCUUUUACAUUUUGUUUAAAUGCUGCAGCUGUAUAUAUGGACGUGUUGUGAUCAGGUUUGUUGCUGCUGAUGAAUACAUUCCACAGUCAUCAUGGUUUAUUCAAAAUGUUUCUCAGCAAAGCAGUUUCCACUCAGCGGUUUAUUCUUACGGGUCAUUUGGAUUUCCACAGUAGGCAAAAACAAUUGCUUUACAAGCUUGCAAUACUUACAUUCAGUUUGUACAAUCAGAUCAAUUGUGUUUAAUAAACGCAUUUUUACCAUAAA